GGAAUCACCGGCCAGCCGGCUGAAUCGCAUCCACCGACCGAGCGACAGACCGGCCGGAGGACCGAUUUCGGGCAGCGAUCCGAUUUUUUAACCGACCGGACUGCAAUGGCGGCGAUGGCGGCAUUGGCGCCAUCGCCAUCGACCGCGACAGCGGUCGGACUUGCUGCGCAGCGGUCGUCGUCAUCUUCGAGACCAACGCCUGCGGCGGCGACGACGACGGCAGCAUUUGGCCACACUCCAAGCGCACAGGGCAAAAGUAGGGGCUCGCGUUCGUCGUCCUCCUCCUCCUCCUCCUCUUCCUCCUUGGAGGUAAGCUCCUGCUCCUCCCAGCGAUUGGUCGCUGGCCUCGGCUUCCAGUUGUCUGAGCUCCUUGCGUCCUCCUCCUCCGCCUUGUCCUCCUCGUCCUCCUCCCCGUCGUCGUCGUUGUCAUCGGCGCGGAGAAUUCCGCGAAGGAGAAGCCAAGGGUCUGCGGGCGCGGGAGGAGUCUCUGUGGUCGCCGCCUCCGAGCCCAGGGAAGUGUUGAUCGUCAAUACCAAUGGCGGCGGACACGCCGUAAUCGGCUUUCACCUGGCAAAGGCGUUGCGGAGUUCUGGCCAUGGAGUCACGUUCUUGACCGUUGGAGAAGAAGCGUCGGACAAGAUGAAGAAACCCCCCUUCAACAGGCUCGCGGAGCUUCGAGAAAUUGGAGUUGCGACGGUUUGGGGCGACCCAUCUGCAGUUGGGGCUGUGGUUGGUUCCAAGCAGUUCGAUGUCGUCAUCGACAAUAAUGGCAAGGACAUGGAAGCUGUGCAGCCAGUUGCUGACUGGGCAAAGGCGUCGGGCGCCACGCAGUUCCUCUUUGUGAGCAGUGCCGGAAUUUACAAGACCUCAGACGAACCUCCACAUGUUGAAGGGGAUGCCGUGAAAGAGAGUGCAGGGCAUGCAGUGGUUGAGAGGUAUCUUGCAAGUCUCUUUGAGAACUGGAGCUCCUUCCGGCCACAAUACAUUACUGGGUCUGGAAAUAACAAGGACUGUGAAGAGUGGUUUUUUGACCGUAUUGUGCGCGAUAGACCAGUGCCGAUCCCUGGUUCAGGGGUGCAAGUGACAAAUAUAGGCUUUGCUCCUGACAUGGCAAAUAUGUUGGCUUUGGCUGUCGACAAGCCUGAAGCAGCCAGCGGCAUCAUAUUCAAUUGUGUCAGUGAUCGUGCUGUGACGUUCGAUGGCCUGGUUCGACUUUGCGCCAAAGCAGCUGGAAAGGAGGCAAAGAUAGUACACUACAAUCCUGAAGCUGUGGGAGUUGAAGCCAAGAAAGCAUUCCCUUUCCGAAACAUGCACUUCUAUGCCGAGCCGAGGGCUGCUACGGAGAAAUUGGGAUGGACACCUUCAGGUGAGCUUGGACAGAUCCUUAAGGAAAGAUAUCAGGACUAUGUCGCCAGUGGGCGAGACAAGAAGGAUAUAUCAUUCCCAAUCGAUGACAAGAUUAUUGAAGCUCUGAAGCAGCCAGCCUUAGCUGUGUAGGGUAAUUGAAUCCGUAGUGACAGAGAUUCUACAGUGAGAGUGUGCAUCACCGUUAGGGACGAGGCCAGUACAGAUGAGGGUGGUGUGCGGCUGUGUUGCUUAGGCACACACUUGUGUAGUAUAUAUGUCUGUAUGACUAGGAACCGGCCAUUCGUACUGUGCGUUGAGGAGGUUGUUCUCUCUUUCUUCUGCGCGUGCACGUCAUAUGUUGUUGUAAUUUAUGCCGUCAUGUACCUUGCUCAUUAGCGGUCAACGCCGUUGACUUGUGUAGGAAUACUGGGGAGCUCAAAUUAUCGUGAAAAGGCGACCAAAUCCGUUCGACUGAGGAAUCCGAUGCACAAAUUCAAAAAUAUCGAGGAAGAGGGCUUUGUUCACCGAGUGAUUUUACAUGUAGUGCGCACUGCGCUUUUUUUUUUCCCUUCUUUUUUUUAUUAAAUUUUAUAAUAUUUAUAUAUAGUGCACUCUUUUAGUUGACAUAUACGUGACAGUAUAUACAUAAACGGGUUCCGUUCCUGUCCUCAAAAUCUUCCUCAUCAAUGAAAUUUCAAAUUUGUU